CACCAUUAUUUUAUGCCAGGACAUCUAUCACCAAUGCUCAAGCCUGGGAAGCUAGACAGUAAUAAAAGUGUUGUAAGCUUGGGUCUAUUGCUUCCUUCCUAUCACACAAAAUCUUUGGGAUCAAUCUCUAAUUCUGUAGCCUAUGAAGAGAGAAAAGAGGAAUACUGUGACAAGUCGAGGUGAAAAGAGUCAUUUUGGGUCGAAUAAAGUAAUAAAAUAACAAGAAAAGCACAAAGACUCUGCAUAUUGAGUUGUUAUCCAAGAAAGAGCCCAAAACAAGAAAUCUGAAGCAAGUCUUAUUUGCAAAAACAGGGGAUAACAAAGGAAUGGCUAGCUUCUACCAAGAUUUUGAGGAUAGCGUUUCGAUACCAGACCCAAAAGAUUCCAAAAUAAUCGACCACAAAGACUUCAGGUAUCAGGUUUUCCCAGAAAGCAAGAUCCAAGAGAAGGUUGAUUUCUACAUUACGCCUUACAAUAACACAAUAAUGUUGCAGAAGUACAUGGACUUUGAGAACCAAAUUAUUUUGGACAAUCUGAAGAAUAGUGAUAAACUAGAGCCUAAAUAAAGUAGAAAGCAAUAGAAAUGCACUUUGGAAGUCGUUGAGCAAGCUUGUUACAAACGAAUCAACAAGGAAUUUUAAGCUAUCUCUUGCUAAUAUGAACCAAGGGUUGCUGACAAAGCUGAAAUUUCUUGCUCAAAAGACCAUAAACUUGAAUAAAUCUACGAAGACUGUCAAAAUUGAUAAUGAGGAAGUUCAAAAAGAAGAUGUGAAUGAAAAGAUUAACACUGAGCAAAUCAAAUUUGCUAUCUCAGUUUUACAAGACAAAAUUCAAAACACAAUGAAAAAGCGUAAAAGUUAUCUUAGAAGUCAGAAUAAACGAAAGUGAAGGUACCUUGACUAUGUGAAAACUCCGACUAAGAUGAAGAAGAUGUAUCUAGAAGAGGCUGAAAAGAAUCGGCUUCAUCGCCGCCAGCCAAAAUAUUUACGAAAGAACCUUAUUAAAACUAAGACUGCUAGGUUUCAGAGAGAAUGGUUGACUAAUUUCAAUGAACAAAUGAUCAAUACUCCCAACUCAUCUAGAGCUGCCAAAGUUAAUACAGCAGAGAGAUCUAAGAGUACAGAGGUUUAUGGAAAAAGGACAAUACAGAAGAGUAAUUUGAUCAAGGAAAGAAUAUUACAAAGGAUGAAAUCAGUCAAGCCUAUCUCGAAAGUUAACAACAGGUUUCAGACCAUUGAUAAAUUAAGAGAGAACACAGGCUUAGAUGGUUAUCCAAGCUACAGAAAAGUUCCCAUUUAUCAGCAAAAUUCUUUACCUAAACUUGAGAGUUCCUCAAAGAACUCUAAGCAUCCCUUCUCAAGGACUGAAAAAGGCAUUCUUAGAUCAAUAUUUAGAAAGAAACCUCGACCUUAG